AUGUCAGUGCAGAGGAGCAUUCUGAAUAUAGUCAUGGGCGCGUUGACUUUCGGAGCAGAGGGUAAAGACUGUGCCAGAGUCCACGAUAUCAACGACGUCGAGGCGAUCUUGGACGUCUUCCAAGCCCAUGGACAUACCGAAGUGGACACAGCAAGGAUGUAUGCUGGAGGCACCAGUGAAGAAUACCUCGGAAAAACCAACCACAGGGACCGCGGUUUAAAGAUCGAAACAAAACUGUUACCUUGGAGGUCACUUGGAUUCUCUCAUGAUCCCGAGGGCUUAAGAAAGCAUCUUCUAGCAUCUAAGAAGGCUCUCGAUAUCGAUACCCUCGAGAUGUGGUAUCUACACGCCCCGGACCGAUCCGUUCCAUACGAAGUCACGAUGAAGGCCGUCGAUGAGCUCUACAAGGAGGGUCAUUUCAAACGCUUCGGCAUCAGCAAUUACGCGGCAUGGGAAGUAGCUGAGAUUGUAGGCAUAUGCAAGGCAAAUAGGUAUAUUCUGCCCACAGUAUAUCAAGGGAUCUAUAACGCCAUCCAUCGUCACGUAGAACCGGAACUCUUUCCUUGCCUCAGAAAGUACAGUAUAUCUUUCUAUGAAUUCAGUCCACUUGCUGGUGGUUUUCUCACCGACAGAUACCUCAGUCCUGAAGUACAAGUUAAGAAAGGGUCACGAUUUGAUCCCGAAAGUGUGCAAGGAAAGCUAUGGCUGACUAUGCGUAGAUACUGGAACGAUGCGUACUUCGAGGCAUUGGCAUCUAUCAAAAAGGUCGCCGACGCCCACAAAUUGACUCUUGCAGAGAUUUCUUUACGAUGGGUUUCCAACCAUAGUCUCAUGAAACGCGAACAUGGGGACUCGAUCUUGAUUGGAGCUUCUAGUUUGAACCAUAUCGAACAGAAUCUGGUUGAUCUCGAAAAAGGGCCACUCCCCGACGAUGUUGUGAAGGCGUUGGACGACGCGUGGUUCAAAGUGAAGCCAUACGCGUCCAAAUACUUCCAUUGCGACUCGGCGCUUGUAAACCAACCAGAAUUCCAGCAAACCCUCCAGCCCCUCAAACGGGUGGGCGAGGCGUGA